CCCCAUUGAGGCAUUGACUUGAGUCACUCUCCUUGAGUUUCUCUCUUUAUAUAUUUCAGCUCUUUUUCUUGUUGAGCUAACCCUUUUUUUCAGAUCCCAAAACCUCAUCUUUUUUUGUUGGGGGAAAAGAGAAACCAAGGAAGAAAUGGCAUCAAGUUCAAUGUCCAGGGGAACAUCAGGAACAUGGACCGUGUCACAGAACAAAGCCUUCGAGAAGGCAUUGGCGGUGUACGACAAGGAUACACCGGACCGUUGGACCAACGUUGCCAAAGCCGUCGGAGGGAAUAAGACGGCGGAAGAGGUGAAGAGGCACUAUGAAAUCCUGGUUGCCGAUGUCAAACACAUCGAGAGUGGUCUUGUCCCUUACCCUUACAGGACCACCACCUCACCAAGUAACUCCACUGAUCUUGACUCCAGGAUGAAAAAUAUGAAGGCCUGGUGAAGGGACAAAACCAUAUAACGUCUUGUACCGUCUCCAAGAAAGAUGCAUGCAAAUUAAGUAGCACCCAAAAAAGAAAAAAAAAUAAAUAAGGAAAAAAAAGAAAAAGAUAUGCAUGCAAAUUCAUCUCGUUGGUCAGCAUCUUCUUAUUCUAUAUAAGCCUAAUAUUAGAUGUUCGAAUUGAAGGUCGGAGUUAUAUAGUACCGAAUUAAUUCUAGUUGUUGCAAACUAAAUUCUGCAUUGAUCUAUUUAAUUUAGUCAAGGAUAGAGCAAUAGUAAUAAGAAGUAAUUUCAUUGUAACUUUAAUUGUUGGCUGUUCAAGCUAGCUAGUCGUACCUGACGUAAUAUUCACGUAUUAGGUCAUAUCAUAAUGAUUAUUUAGUAAAAAGGACAAGGAAGCAUUUGAAUUCCUCUCUUAAUUUGAUGUAAUGAGAUGGACCAAGUGCCAUCUCCAGCUAAAUUAAAUAAAGUCACCUAUUGACUAUUGUUGAAAGCUUUCUUCAUUUAUUUCUUUUUCUUUUUGCUGUCAAAUAUUUAAAGAGUAGGAAUUUAAACUAAAUCUAAUUUAAAU